AUGGUAGAUUUUUAAAACUUUAAAAAAACUAUUGUUAGUGGUACUUGUAUCACUGCACUUCUGCUUUUGGGUCUUUUACACGAUAACACAGAUUACAAAGAUACCGUUCUUGAAAAUUUUCAUUAAAAACUUGAAAGCGACUUUUUCCUUGAAGAUGGAUUUAAAUAAUUACUUAAAAAAUAUGACAGCUUAUGUAUAAAUGGCAAAGAUAAGUCUAAACUAGAUACAAAAGAAUAAUAUGAAGAGUUCUUAAGAGGUCCCUGCGCUCCUAUUAUAUUUGUUCCAGGUAUACUAGGUACUUCUCUCUAACUAAAAAUAGAUUGUGAAACACUUUAAUCUAAAAACCCAGAAAUUUUCUCAAACUGCGGAUGGGGCACAUGCUCAAGCUAUAACUUACUUUAAAAAAAGCCAGCUUCAGAAUACAAACUAUGGAUUGGAGAUGUCUUUUCAAAAGCAAGUUUCUUACAAAUAAGCGAAAAAUCAAAAUGUUUUGGUGACUUGAUUGGAUUAGUCUACAACAAAGAGAGAAAUAUACUAGAAGCUAAAGAAGGAUUAGAAGUUACAUGGUAUGGAAACACAGAAUAGACCAAAAAUGACAGCAAGUGUGGAGCAAACUCUGUUAGAGAUUUUACAAAAAAUCCAAUCCUCAAAAAAAUGAGCUGUGCUAUAAGAGGAUUUGGUAAUCUAAUUGAUUUACUAGAGGUGAUGGGUUAUUAAUCGGGACUCACUUUCCAAGCUCUACCUUAUGAUUUUAGAUAAGAUGUGUCACAAAGUGAUACCCAAACGUUGAUUCCUAAAGUAAUAGAUCAUAUUUAUGAAAUGACUGGCAAAAAAUCUAUUAUUUUAGGACACUCUCUUGGUAAUUUACAUAUCCUAAAUUCUCUUAGUAAUAUUCCCUAAGAAACAAAAGAUUCAAAGAUCAAAUAAUUUAUUGCUGCUGGUCCUCCUUUCAUAGGAUCACCUAAAGCUUUUAUCAGUAUGCUUGGCGGAGAUCCAGAUUAUCUAAAAAAAAUAUUAGGAAAGUCGUUUGGAAUGAAUUAUUAUUCCUAAAUGUAACUCUCAUCAGGAUGCUCAAGCACUUUUGAUAUUCUCAUUAAAGACUCGUUUGAAAGAUUUAAAAAUGAGGAGUGGAUGAUAGAUGUCAUAAAAAGAAUAGAUUAUGAAGAAAAUGGUAUUAUUGAAAAUUCUGUUCCUUUUAACUUUUUACCUGAACCAAACGAAGAUUGUGUAAAUAAUGUAUUUGAUACUAGAAUUGGAGGAAAAUGCAAAAGUGGAUUAAUUAAUUUAUAAAAGGAGCCUAUCUUGAGUAUAAAUAAUGAAUAAUUUAAAGCCAACAAAGAAGAUAUUAAUAAAAUUAUUGAAAACUAUAGCAUCUAUGAUGCAGAGUAAUAAAAAAAUUUAUUUAAAAAGGCCUCAGAAUCUAGAGGACUUUACGAUUUAAUUAAUCCAAACGUUCCUGUUUCAAUAAUAUAUGGAAAUGUGCUCGAAACUGAAUGGAAUUUUAAUUAUAAAAAACAUACAAGAGAAGUUUUUGAAAAAACAAAUAAUUUCUAUUUCCCUGAGGAUAUCAAAACUGGACUUGGAGAUGGUACAGUACCUACUUUCUCUGCAAUUUUACCAGGAUUUAAAUGGUUUCAUGAAUAUUAAAAAUCUAAAGAAAAUAGUAAGCCUAUUAAAUUAGUAGAAAUUUGUUCUAACAUUAAAAAAAAUAAUCCCUUUUAUGAUUCUACAUCAAUAUCUGGAGAGUAAGAAUAAAACAAAUCAGAAUAUAGAGGAAUUGAUUGUGAAUGCUCUAAAGGUGGAGAUAUUGGAAAUUGUUAUCACUCAUGUUUUAUAAAUGACUAAUUUUUCUUAGAUUUUAUAGUUUAAUCUCUAAUAACUAAUUAAUAAUCAAAUAUAAAUUCCAGUUAAUACACUUCAGAUGAGCUUGAUGAACUUAUGUAAUCUUGUCCUGCCUUAUAAUUAUAAAAAUUAGAUAAAAAAUUAAGUGAAAUGUGA